UGGUUGCAAAUUUGCAACACCUCGUGGAUUCCGCAAUCUAGUGACAAGUACUACUAAUAACGUCAAAUCACAUCUCCUACUCAAACAAACUCCCAUGUUCUGUUCGCCCUCGUUAUCUCCGUCUCCCAAAAUCACAACACAGUAAAGUACCAGAACACAACCUCACUUCCAGCAUCAACCAAAAACCUCUCUUCCUUCACCAUGUCAGCUACUCGCACCCUCCACUUCCAACUCUUCACCCCCCCAACCACAAACUUCCACUCCCACACCCCCCACUUCCCAUCUCCCACCCUCUCCUUCCCACUCCGCCGCUUCCCCACUCUCCGCGCCUCAACCUCCCACCUAACAAUCCCCGACAACAACGGCGCCACGCCACCACCGCCACCACCACCUUCAGAUCCAAACACAAUCGAAGUCGACGCAGUCACCGAAACAGAGCUCAAAGAAAACGGUUUCCGCAGCACAAGAAGAACCAAACUCGUCUGCACUAUUGGUCCCGCCACAUGCGGCUUCGACCAACUCGAAGCUCUUGCUGUUGGUGGAAUGAACGUUGCUAGAAUCAACAUGUGUCAUGGUACACGAGAAUGGCAUAAAACUGUUAUCGAUAAUGUUCGUAGACUUAACCAUCAAAAAGGAUUUGCGGUUGCUAUUAUGAUGGAUACUGAAGGAAGUGAGAUUCAUAUGGGUGAUCUUGCUGGUGCUUCUUCUGCUAAAGCUGAAGAUGGUGAGAUCUGGACUUUUAGUGUUAGAGCAUUUGAUUCUACUCUUCCAACUCCGGAACGUACCAUCAAUGUUAAUUAUGAAGGUUUUGCUGAAGAUGUAAAGGUUGGGGAUGAUCUUUUGGUUGAUGGAGGAAUGGUUAGGUUUGAGGUCAUUGAAAAGAUUGGUCCAGAUGUGAAGUGUCUUUGCACUGAUCCCGGGUUGUUGCUACCAAGAGCAAAUCUCACUUUCUGGAGGAAUGGUAGUUUAGUCCGAGAGAGGAAUGCGAUGCUUCCUACAAUCUCCUCAAAGGAUUGGUUAGACAUUGAUUUUGGUAUUGCUGAGGGUGUUGAUUUUAUUGCUAUUUCAUUUGUCAAAUCUGCUGAAGUUAUUACUCAUCUUAAAAGCUAUAUUGCUGCACGAUCUCGUGAUAGUGAUAUUUCAGUCAUUGCAAAGAUUGAGAGUAUUGAUUCACUGAAGAACUUAGAGGAGAUCAUUCAAGCAUCAGAUGGAGCUAUGGUAGCACGUGGAGACUUGGGAGCUCAGAUACCCUUGGAACAGGUUCCAGCUGCUCAACAACGGAUUGUUCAAGUUUGCAGGCAAAUGAAUAAACCGGUCAUUGUGGCCUCUCAGUUACUUGAGUCCAUGAUUGAGUAUCCUACACCUACAAGAGCUGAAGUAGCAGAUGUUUCUGAAGCAGUCAGGCAGCGCGCCGAUGCUUUGAUGCUUUCUGGUGAGUCAGCAAUGGGCCAGUUCCCUGAUAAAGCCUUAACUGUAUUAAGGAGUGUCAGUUUGAGAAUCGAGAGGUGGUGGAGGGAAGAGAAACGUUAUGAAGCUAUGCAACUCCCAUCCGUUGGGAGUUAUUUUUCAGAAAAAAUAUCCGAAGAAAUAUGCAAUUCAGCUGCAAAGAUGGCCAAUAAUUUAGAAGUGGAUGCACUUUUUGUUUACACAAAGACCGGGCACAUGGCAUCUCUAUUGUCACGUUGCCGUCCUGACUGUCCAAUAUUUGCUUUUACUACCACUCCGUCUGUGCGUAGACGUCUGAACCUCCAGUGGGGCUUGAUACCUUUCCGUCUGAGCUUCUCUGAUGAUAUGGAGAGCAAUCUCAAUAAAACCUUCGCAUUGCUUAAGGCCAGAAAUCUGAUCAAAUCUGGUGACCUUGUCAUUGCUGUCUCAGAUAUGUUUCAGUCAAUACAAGUGAUGAACGUUCCUUAAGAACAUGUUCCAAGGGUUCCAGGUUAUGUUGUCUUCUUGCUGUUUGUUCAAAACUUGGGAUGCCGCUAGAGUGCGAAAAUGGAGCCGAGAGACUACAUGAGCGAAUUGUGGUUCUUUCGUUUUAAAUCUGAAGGAUGCGACUUGAGUUUGCGAGAAUUUAUUUAUGUUACUGGAGUUCUUUAUUGUAGAAUUUGUAGUGAGUGCAUACACCUUGAAGCCAUUCAUAUAUAGAUAUAUUUUAAUCUGGUGAAGCAAUAUAGUGUAGAAUUCCACCCUUUUAAGAUGUAAGGCACAAUUGCAUUUUCUGUUAGAUUGUAUCAUUGUAUUAGCUUUCAAGCCAUGUUGAGUAUAAUUUGAAAUUUCAAUAAGAUUACAUGUUAGUUACUUGCCAGUGUGAGGCCGUGUAACAUAUGCUCAAUGUAUGCAUGUUGCACAUUUAAUUUGUUUC